AUGGAUCUGUCCGACUAUAAAGUGGCCAUGGUUCCUCCCCCAGGAAGUGUAGUCGCUCCUCAUGGCUUUCCAGCAGACGCCCGGCCAAAGGAUGCCCCGAAAAUCUUCUUGGAUGCUAUGGACGUACGGAUCAAAGUCUUCUGCGACGAACAAAAUUGUGCUAUCGAGGCCGAGCUGGACGAAGAUGACCCUCGAUCAUGGCACUGGGUUGCAUACUAUGUUGGAGGAUCGGGGCCGGACCAGCCUGUCUCUGUGAUCCGUAUUGUCCCUCCGCCACAUGGUCCCCACCCUAACGGUUUUCAUGAUCCUGAAGAAGAGCCAUAUGUCAAGUUAGGACGAGUCGCCACAAUACCCCAGGCCCGAGGCAAGGGUCUCAGUCGGCUGUUAUCAGAAGCAGCCUUUCAAUGGCUGACUGAGCACAAGAGCGAAGUUGGGCAUGGCUUCAGUGGAUUGAUCCUGACACACGCUCAAGUCAAUGUCGAGAAGAUGUACUCUAAGUUGGGCUUUGUCACGGAUGAUAAGCUGGGCCGCUGGGUCGAGGAAGGCAUUGAACAUUUGGGGAUGUGGAAGCGUGUAUGA